AUGGCCGCGAUCGCCAGCUCCCUGAUCCGGCAGAAACGCCAGGCGAGGGAGUCGAACAGCGACCGGGUCUCCACUUCCAAACGCCGCCCCAGCCCCAGCAAAGACCCCCGCUCUCUGUGCGAGAGGCAUUUCUUGGGGGUCUUCAGCAAAGUCCGCUUCUGCAGCGGCAAGAAAAGACCCGUUCGGCGGCGACCAGAUGCACCCUCGAAACCUCCACAGGUGUCCCAUAAGGGCUGCAGGCUAGAGCCGCAGCUGAAAGGCAUCGUGACACGACUGUUCAGCCAGCAGGGCUUCUACCUGCAGAUGCAGCCGGAUGGAACCAUCGACGGCAGCAAGGACGAGAACAGCGACAGCACCCUGUUCAAUCUUAUUCCUGUGGGUCUGAGAGUGGUGGCCAUCCAGGGAGUGAAGAGUGGCUUCUACAUUGGCAUGAAUGGAGAGGGCAUGCUCUACAGCUCGGAGAUGUUCACACCGGAGUGCAAGUUCAAGGAGUCUGUUUUUGAGAACUACUAUGUGAUCUACUCGUCCACUGUGUACCGGCAGCAGGAGUCGGGCCGGGCCUGGUUCCUUGGCCUCACCAAGGAGGGACAAGUCAUGAAGGGCAACCGGGUCAAGAAGACUAAGCCCUCGUCCCACUUUGUGCCCAGGCCCAUCGAAGUUUGUAUGUACAGGGAGCCGUCCAUGCAUGAGAUAGAGGACAAGCACCGCUCCAGGAAGAGCUCAGGGACUCCCACCAUGAAUGGAGGAAAAGCUGUCAAUCAGGACUCCACAUAGCAGCGGGGGGAGGGGCUUCCAGCAGGGGGAGUGGCUUCAUCCGGACUCAGGGGGAGGGGCCACGGGAAAACUCACCACCACCCCCCAAAAAAGAAAUACGCGCCACCAUCCCCUCUGAAAAAAAAAAAACAGGGCGUUGCGACGACGAGGAGCUAUUACUGUACAACCAAGACAACAAAAACAGAACUGAACUCUUGCCUGUGAAAACCUUUUAGAUGAAUUAAUAUCACUCCAGAGGAUCUAUAUAUAUGAAAAGAAAAAAAACAUUUUCAAUCAGGACUUGACCAACAUUUUAUGCAAAAAAAAUAGAAAAAGCUGUGAUAAACAAACUAAGUAAUGGUGGUCUCUCUUCACACAAAUACAAAUAUCUAUCAUUUCCAAUUUAUGCUGUGAAAAACAAGCUUUAAUACAUGUUAAAUUUUCAUACAUUGGUUUCUUUUCUAAAUGCUAUUGCACUCUCAUAUGCUUUAUUGUGUUAUUGUUGUCAGUAAUAACUAUAACAUCCUCAUCAUUAAUAAUCAGUUGUAUUUUAUCAUUCCAGUUACUAUCAUGGUUAUUCUGGCUUUAUUUUUAUUUUGAAAUUAGAGAAAGUGGGUUUUUUUUCUCUCUCAUAGUUUGAUCUUGAAUGCACUGUCGCACUAACUGCUCUUGUGUGAGGGUAUGACUGAAUGUAUUCGAUAGUUCUCUGUGUUGGACUCCAAUGGAAACAGAGUGCUUUGGGUGGGAUGUAAUUUACUCAGGUGUGUACUGUAAGUGGGAUAGGACAGAUGGGGUUGUUUCAAGUACUCUGACAUGAACUCCCCUUUACUGUUCGGCAAUGACGAGACGAGACUGAUUCAAGCAAUAUAAUAGAGAGCAGUCUAGUGUCUCUUAAUAAAAGUAAUAAGCUGACAGCACAUCCCUGUGGUUGGUGUGUUUGUCAGUAGAGAAGACUGACAAAGAAAGUCGUACAAGUAGGUUAACUGUCUGAGUCAAGGAAAACUGUUUUGAUAUCACUUCAAUAUACUCUUUAACAUUUGCAAGGAUUUAUUAGGUUUUAAUUAAAGAGAUUUCCAAAUUUAUCGAAAAUGUUAAAGAAAAGUAUUCUCACCAAAAGCCAAGGGGAAGAUAAUGACCAGCAUCAGCACUAUGAGCCAUGGCCAAAAAACGGUCACUUCACAUUUACACCUCAAAAAACCCCACAGAUCCUUCCCCUGCUGUUAGCUCGGAUAAAAAUAUAACCAUAUAACAGUAAUCAAGCCUUUGAACCAUUUGGAUAAAAGACUUCUGCUGUUUCUUUCAAAGCAAAAGAAAGUUGUUUAGGCAGGCAGUGAGAAUACGUGUUGACUAGUUUUUAAGACUAUUUCUGUUAAGUUUUUAUUGUGAAAGUAUUCAAGAUUUCUCAAAGGUUGUGGACAGGGUGCCUGACUGUUUAUUAACUGUCUGAUCUGACUUGUUGAUGUUUUCAAUAUAAGGUCGCAAAUCAUUAAGACCGUCACAAUGGAAGCAGAAUGUCUCAUUGAGGAACCAGUUCGUCUGGACUUAGCCGGGUUUAGGGGAGGAUGUCUUCCCAUGUCGGUGAGAGUAUCUCCACCGUUUGUUUUCUCUCUCAUGGUAGCCCAUACAGUCUCCACCCUAACCCCCCUGGUUUUGUGACCCAUGAAAUGAGACAUUUGCUGCAUUGUGGAGGGAAGCUGCUCUUUCAUAAAUCAACAUGCUGACAGGGCUGUACAAACAAGGUGAAUUGACUGGUACGCAGCGUACACACAUAUGUAUGCUACAUAGCUUAUUCCUAAUCCCCAAUUAGUUUGUCUAACUCAGGAAGUCUUAUAAUUGUCCCAAGAAUGGGCCAGACUUAAAGACUGGCCGCUCGUUGUCCAGCACCCGUUGCACAAAGCCUGGCCACCGGUGUGGUGUUUAAGGAGGUCAGGACGGGGUCGAUUGGGGUUUUUAUCAUUAACAAGUGGUGUACAGCUAAGUUUAGCCAGGUAAGGAAGGUUGGGAAAAGGGAUCACAGGAGCCAAGACAAAGCAUGAACAUCGCAUGACUGUAAGAGUUGAUUUUGAGGUGAGCGCUAAUAAAAGAUUGUUUCAAAUUUGGGGAGUAUAAAUCCAAAACAUUUUUAUGCAACGUUUUAAUGCAAGUUUCUAAUCUCUGCUAAGUCUGGUUGAAAUUGUAUGCUACCUUUGGUGAUAUGUACAGUAAAAUAGCACACAUUCAGUUGCACAGAGCAAACUGCAGUUAUCAUAGAUCUGGCUUUAUGCCAUGGGCCUUGGUCCAUAGCUGGUUCAUUAACGGUAGAUUAGUUUUACUUCCACAGCACCUACCCAACAGUGAUACAUACAGUAUAUUAGACGUGAGACUGAAAGUCAACAGGCAAGACCAGCAUAUAAAAGUAUCUUUUUUAAUAAAGGUUUAUAUUGGUGCAAAUGAGAUACAUGUGGACUUAAAGCAAUGCAUGAAAUUGGAUGUACUCGAUGUCAACCGUUGACAGCAGAAUGAGAGGAUUUGAGAAAGGGAUGAAUAAAGCAAGGAGGUAAAAAGUAGCUGAUGUGAGAGAGCGGUAAAGGGGAACACUUUUCAGGAGGUUUAUUGAUUUAUGAAAGGGCGACCAAAGGCUUUGGUUGUACGUGAUAUUAAGUAGAAUUUAUUAUUUUAUGUUUGCAGAUGAUUUCACUGCAUUGGAACACGCUCAUAUAUGCAUUAUGAAUUGUGAGAUGAAAUAAAAAAAAUAAAAAUAUGCAUUGAUAAUAAAAAUCAGAAUGAAGUUA